AUGACCAAGGUAUCUCACCAGUCCCGCCAGUCUCGGCAGGCGUGGACUUCGGAGCAUUUGCUCCACGAGCGCGCUAUUGCGCUCGGUUUUACUCUGGCUAAAUCAACAUCAGCUUCUUACGACUCAGCACUCGCAUCAUAUAUCGAAUUCUGCCGACUGCAUAACCUCGCCCUCACGCCAACUCCUGAUACAUUCUCCUUCUAUGCCGUCUGGAUGUCUGCAUACAUCCUCCCAACGUCUGUUGACGUCUACCUCUCAGGAAUCUGCAAUAAACUCGAAGACGAAUUUCCUGAGAUCUGCGCAGCAUUAGCACAGGUAUGGGUAACUCGCGGCGGGUCGCGGGUAUGGGUACUGGCGGGUAUGGGUGCGGGUUGGGAUUUUGAGACCCGUGACCCACGUACCCGUCACUUCCAUAUAUGGUCGUCUGCUGCGGCAACUGCCGUAGUCUGCGGCAAUGACGAAGACUUGUAUCAGGUCAUCGCACUUCAGAGGGAAGCGCUGGCUGUGCACCCGGUUGGUCACACAGAUUGGUCCUCGUCAUUAAAUGACCUUGGGAAUCAACUCUCCUCCCGCUUUCAGCACCGAGGCAAUAGAGAAGACCUCAAUGAGUCUCGAGAGAACCUAUGCUGUGCAUUGACUCUGUUGACGCAACAUGAUCCUCGUCAAUUAGUAGUCCACAACUCGCUAGCUAAGGUCUAUCUAUCAUUCCAUCAUUCGGGGCUUGACGGUACCGGAGUGGGCGAAGAUACUAACAGUCUGAAUUCUGCAAUGCAUCAUCUUAAAGCAACAGCAAAUGUUGUCUCCAGAGGCUCACUAUCUCGCCUGCGAGCAAGUCUAUGCUGGGUUCAAUAUGCUAGUCAACAUUCACAUGCCACCGAGCUGGAGGCUUAUGCAACUUCCAUGCAACUUCUGGACGCUUACAUGUCCACGACAGCUUCAGUAUCGUCUCGUCACAAUAUCAUGAAGGACUUCCCAAGAACGCUUGCCAUGGAUGCUGCAUCGUGUGCUCUUCGUAGUGGUGAUAUUACACGACUCCGUACGCCUCUUGACAGCCUCCAGACACGCGGCGAUCACGCAGCGGCCCUGAUGAAGAAAUUCAGAGACCUCAGCUCCCUCCUCGAUAACCCUCCUGCGAACAAUCGAGAAGCAACCACAAGAGUCCAUGUAGAAGCAGAAGAAGCCCGGUACAGUUUACAACUCUCCACCCGCUUUCGCCACUCAACUCUCCACCUGCUUUCACCAUUGAGUCACACACAUUGGUCCAUGUCAUUAACUAACCUUACGACUCAACUCUCCACCCGCUUUUGCCACCGAGGCAACAACGAAGACUUAGAUGAGGCUAUUGCACUUCAUACGGAAGCGCUGGCUUUGCGCCUGGUCAGUCACACAGAUCGGCCGUUGUCACUCGCGACUCGACUCUCCACCCACUUUCACCACCGAGGCAAUGACGAAGGCUCAGAUUAG